CACAAAAGAUACAGGCCGUCUCUCCCACGAUUCCUCAGCAGGGCAAUGGCGUCGACGACGAGGACGACGACAGCGAGGCCCAGGAUCGUGCGCCUCCCAUAGUCCGCAGCCACACGCCCGGCCACCUCUCCUCCAAGAGCCAGGACCGCCGCCGGAAACCGCCCGAGAUCUCCAUACGGCAGAGGUCCCAUUCCGUCGCAUCGACGUCCACGACCACCACCGCCGCCUCGCACAUCUCUAUUGCCCCUCUACCGACCAACAAGAUCCCUGCUGCCACCUCCACCACGACAGGGGCUCGCACCCCGCAGAAGAAUGGCGACGACACCCAAACGAGAGAGAGGCAGGACUCGUCCGCCGCCGAAGGCAGUGGGAGCGGAGGCACUCUGUCUCGCCGGCAUCCAGGUCUCAGGUCGACGUCUGCCAUCGCCGGCAAACCAGGGGGCGCCUCUGCAAUAACAACAACCUCCUCGACAGGAGCGCGGCACGGCUCCGGGUCCCGCUCGUCGCACGCCGCCAAAGGCACCUUCACACCCUUCCCUCCGCUAGCCGACCCCAAGACCGCCCCGGACGUGCUGCCCGCCCCGGCUUCGGGCAUGUACUGGUCCAAGGCGCCCGUCUCGGGCACCGCGCACACGGCGCUGCGCGCGCACACGACCACCCUCAUCGGGUCCAACGUCUACGUCUUCGGCGGCUGCGACUCGCGCGCGUGCUUCAACGAGCUCUACGUCUUCGACGCCGACGCCUUCUUCUGGUCCACGCCGCACGUCGUCGGCGACGUGCCCGUGCCCCUGCGGGCCAUGACCUGCACCGCCGUCGGCAAGAAGCUCGUCAUCUUCGGCGGCGGCGACGGCCCGGCCUACUACAACGACAUCUACGUGCUGGACACGGCCAACUACAAGUGGUCCAGGCCGCGCAUCGUGGGCGACAAGAUCCCGUCCAAGCGGCGCGCCCACACCGCCUGCCUGCACAAGAACGGCAUCUACGUCUUUGGGGGCGGCGACGGCGUCCGCGCCCUCAACGACAUCUGGCGGCUCGACGUCAGCGACACGAGCAAGGUGUCGUGGAAGCUCAUCUCGAGCCCCUCGCCGGACAAGGGGUCGCCGCCGGGCACCAAGGACGUCCUGCGGCCCAAGGCGCGCGGGUACCACACGGCCAACAUGGUGGGGAGCAAGCUCAUCAUCUUUGGCGGCUCAGACGGCGGCGAGUGCUUCAACGACGUCUGGGUCUACGACGUCGAGACCCAGGUCUGGAAGAACGUCACGAUACCCAUCACCUACCGGCGCCUGUCCCACACCGCCACCAUCGUCGGGUCCUACCUGUUCGUCAUAGGCGGCCACGACGGCAACGAGUACGCCAACGACGUCCUGCUCCUCAACCUGGUCACGAUGGCCUGGGACCGGCGCAGGGUGUACGGCUUGCCGCCGAGCGGGAGGGGCUACCACGGCACCGUGCUGCACGACAGCCGCCUGCUGAUGAUUGGCGGGUUCGACGGCAGCGAGGUCUUUGGCGACGUGUGGAUACUAGAGCUGGCGGUGCACGCCUACUACUCGCAAAUCAGCCACUUCAGCAUCGAGGUAUGA